AUGACCCACCAGACCCACGCUUAUCACAUAGUUAAACCCAGUCCCUGGCCGCUGACAGGAGCUCUGUCAGCCUUCUUAAUAACAUCUGGCUUAGUCAUGUGAUUUCACUUCUACUCCACCACCCUACUAAUACUAGGCCUACUAACCAAUACACUAACCUUAUACCAAUGAUGACGCGACAUUGUACGAGAAAGCACAUACCAAGGCCACCACACAACACCCGUCCAAAAAAGCCUUCGGUACGGAAUAACACUAUUCAUCAUCUCAGAAGCAUUCUUCUUUGUCGGCUUCUUCUGAGCAUUUUACCACUCAAGCCUUGCUCCAACACCCUGCUUAGGAGGCCAUUGACCACCAACAGGCAUCACCCCUCUAAACCCCAUAGAAGUACCCCUCCUAAACACCUCUGUAUUACUUGCAUCCGGAGUUACAAUUACCUGAGCUCAUCACAGUCUCAUAAACAACGAUCGAAAACAAACAAUCCAAGCCCUACUCAUCACAAUCCUACUCGGCACCUAUUUCACCCUACUACAAAUCUCAGAAUACUUUGAAGCACCCUUCACCAUCUCCGAUGGCAUCUACGGUUCAACAUUCUUCAUUACCACAGGCUUCCAUGGACUCCACGUUAUUAUUGGAUCCACAUUCCUCUUUGUCUGCCUCAUCCGCCAACUACUACACCACUUCACAUCGAACCAUCACUUCGGCUUCGAAGCCGCCGCUUGAUAUUGACACUUCGUGGAUGUUAUCUGACUACUCCUCUAUAUUUCUGUCUAUUGAUGAGGAUCCU